AUGGACCCGUGCAGCGGCGAGUGGUGUCUUGUUCAAAGAUUCGGCAAUUGUCUCCCAACGACCAUCAUAGACGAGCUCGAAUGGCAGUCGCUCUCGCAUGCGGACACAAUGAGCACAUCGACGUCGAAAGGAGGAUACACGCAGGGAUACUCGGAGGCGGUGCUGCGUUCUCAUGCCUCUCGCACUGCAGAGACAUCGGCGGCAUUCCUACUUGCGCAUCUCAAGCCAGAUGCUCGAAUCCUGGACAUCGGUUGUGGACCGGGUACGAUCACAACGUCGCUGGCGAAAUACAUCCCUGACGGCAGCAUCAUCGGCACGGACGCUUCUGCCGAGGUGGUCUCCGAAGCACAAAAGCGGCUGGAACUUGUCAAGCUCGAAGCAAUCUCGGAAACCGAGAUAACCGCUCUGAAUCGCUGCAGCUUCCAUGUGGCAUCCGUGUUUGAGCUGCCUUUUGCCGACGACUCGUUCGACGUUGUUUACUGUCAUCAGGUCCUGAUGCACCUUCCUCGGCCGGUCGAUGCGCUCAAGCAGAUGCGCCGAGUGUGCAAGCCGGGCGGACUUGUUGCUGCGCGAGAAGCCGACUUUGGCGAUGCGAUCCUCUACCCUUCGACAGAGACCUUCAAGACAUGGCGGGAGACUUGCGAGGCAAUCUUUUGCUCAGGCGGAGCGGAAGCACAAGCGGGUCGGAAGCUGGUACGGUGGGCUCUGGAGGCUGGCUUUUCGGCGGGCGACCAGCACAUGACAUUCUCGUCAAGCAACAUGACAUAUGGGGGCCAACCGAACGCAAAGUUCUGGGGCCAGAUGUGGGCUGACAGGGUUGCAGCCGACUCGUGGAAGAAACAGGCCUUGGCGACGGGCAAAGCGACGCAGGAGCAGAUCGAACAGAUGCACAGGGACUGGCUCAAGUGGAGCGAUACACCUGACGGAGUCUGCAUUGUCUUCUGUGGCGAAGUGUUGCUUCGCAAAUGA